CCAUCAUCCGCAACAACACAUCUAUCUAUCUUCUCUUUUACUAGCUAGCUGAGUAUUGUUACCAAAUUAAAAAAAUCAAAACAAGAGAGUUAAUUUGCUAUCACAGCCAUGGCCACUUUUGCAAGCAAGAUGGUGGUGUCGAUGAUCGCCGUCGUUGCCACUCUCGCAGUUUUGGCUCCCACCACGGCUUCGGCGAAACAAUACGUGGUGGGUGAUGAGACGGGGUGGACCAAGGAUUUUGAUUACACCACUUGGACCGCCGGCAAGCAGUUCUUCGUCGGUGACUCCCUUGUGUUCAACUACCCAGCAGGGAAACACAACGUGUUCAAAGUGAACGGCACAGAUUUCCAGCAGUGCUCCAAGCCACUCGUUGGCGCUCCACUCACCACCGGGAGCGACGAGAUUCCGCUCAAAACCACGGGGAAGAAAUGGUACAUCUGCGGCGUCUCCGGCCAUUGCGCUACCGGCCAGAAGCUUGUCAUCACUGUCUCCGACGGAUCCGCCGCUCCGGCCCCGACUCCCGUCUCGCCAUCAACUGGGGCCGCCCCGGGGAGCAUCGUCAGUGCUGGGUUUGUUGCAGCCAUGGUCGUCGUUGGUGUUCUUGGGAUGGUCAUGUUCUGAUCAAAUUGAUGAGUUGUGGUUUUCCGAAGUAUUAUUACUAGAAAAUUAUUGUUGUAUCUUUUGGGAGAGGAAAGGACAGCGCUGGUUCAUGUCAUCUUUGAUUUACAUUCUUUUUUUUUUUUUUUAUAUCUACAGUACAUUACUGUAACGAUUACCUUUUACAAUUAUUUUGGAUUAUGAAAGAGAAUAAUAUAUUGAGAUUGUUUUGUUGUUGUAUUUGAAAAAUGAGAGUUCCAUUGUAAUAAAGGUUUUGAAAAUUU